AUGACGACUCCAUAUUCAGGAUAUACCCCAUCUACUGCUAGUCAACCAUCUUAUCCAGCCAAUUCAGGACAAACCACACCCGUACAAACCACAUCUACACCUUCACAUUUCACUUCCGUUCUUUCCAAUGUUCAGUACGACUCCCAAAGUCAACCGGGCACUCCUACGCCAGCUGGACGUGGGCGGCCUCGAGGUUCCGCGACGGGAGCGAAGAGAGGACGAAAGCCGAAAAAUCCAGUUCCCGAAGCAUCAUCGCCACGGCCAUUCAUUACAAACUCUUUCGUUGCUAAUCCAUCACCGGCCAUAGCUUCAGGCUCAGCAAGCUCGUCAACUUCGGGUCCUAAUCCACAAUAUCCACGGGUACAUUGGGCUAUUCCGCCACCUGGUGCAGGAGGGGUCGAAAACGCGGAAAGCUCUGUGGAUGGUGCAUCUGGGAGUGCGGUCACUGGAAGCAAUACCAAUGGAGAGGCAGGACCAUCGAACGCAUCAGCAGACCAGCCUGCUUCUGCAUCUGGUCAGAAUGGGACUUCAUUACCCAUUAUAACCGGAGUAAUUGAUCCUGCAUUGACUGGUGCUACGGGGGUUGUGCCUAGUGGCAGUCAACGAGGGACACCGGCACCCGAAGGAUCUGCCGGACUUUCCUUUUAUCCGUCAAGGGGGACCCCCCAGCCCCAAUCAAAUACUGCUCGGGGUGGAACAGUCGGUGUAGACGAUGAAGCUGAAGGGGACGAUGAGCUACUUCCUGCCAUGGCUGACGAUGAUUACUCGGCACAGUUGUCGUGGCAGAGUCAAUCGAAAGAUAAUCUGAAAGUCUUGAUGGACAAUCUGAGUCCAGCACAGUAUGAUCGAUUCGAAGCAUAUAGACGGCAUGCUUUGCCCAAACAGGCUGUUCGGAAGGUGAUACAACAAACACUCGGUCAACAGGUAUCACAACCCGUCGCUCAGAUUAUAGCUGGUUUUUCGAAGGUCUUUGUUGGUGAGAUUGUUGAAAAAGCUCGCGCAGUCCAGACUAGACGCGGCGACACCGGACCUCUAUCUCCUGACCACCUGCGUGAAGCAUACAGGGCAUAUCAAGAAGAAACGGGACACGUAGGCGCAGCACGGCCUAUUCGAGCGAAAAAACUUUUCGUACGAUGA